UCAAUGUCGGAACGUUCCGAAGAUGACGUCGGAGCGUUCUCGAAUCCCGUGUCUCUCGGCUGCUGCUGCCGAAGGAACAGGGAAAAAGCAACAAGAAGGAAGAGCAAUGGCGACACUGGAUCGCAAAGUGCCCAGUCCGGAGGCGUUUCUGGGCAACCCCUGGUCCUCCUGGAUCGACGCCGCCAAAUUACACUGCUCCGACAAUGUAGAUUUAGAAGAGGCUGGAAAAGAGGGUGGAAAAAGCAGGGAGGUUAUGAGGCUUAAUAAAGAAGGUAAGUGGAGCUACUGGCAUUUUAGUGUUAGCAUGUGUGGUAGAAUCUUCACAGGAUUUCAAAUAUAAUGUGAAUUGUUCU